AUGACAAUGUCAAUAGUUAAUGAUUGACUGUUUCAAUUUUCAAUUGGUUCACAGCCUUUUUUCCACUGUAUGUGAAUGUGAAUGACGACCGGGUUGUGUGACAGACAGUGUAGCUGAUCUUCCUUCUCAAAGUCGUCUCCACGUUCUCUCUUCGUGCUCUAUGUAUGUUCCACUAUUGCUAUUUUCUGCUCAAUUAUAGUACUACCUUUUUCUUCUCUCACUUUCUUUCCACUCCCUUUUCAUAUAUUAUACAAAAUAUUUAUUUUUUGAGAUCUGGGUAUGCUGCAUUUUGUUCUUAAUGUUUUGGUUUAGGUCAGAAAUAUUGCUGAGUUUGUGAUUUCUCAUUGAUUCGUGGGUUUCUUUGUUGGAAUUUUGAAAUUUCAGUAUUGUUAGGUUUUGUAGACUAUAAAAAUAUUAGCUUUAUUGAAAUUAGUUUGUGGGUGUUGAAAUUUGGGAACUGGAUUGUUGUUUUAGGGUUCAGUAUUUACUUGUGGAAGAGUUGAUCUGAAAUCUGAUGUUUGAUCUGGAGUUUUGAGUGUUGUUGAAGGGUUUUGGAAUGUAGUGAGUGAUGGCUUCAAUUACUCUUUCUCCAAAUGCUGCCCCGGUUGCUUUGCCUCCAUCAUCUAGUGCUGUUGUUUUGUCACCACCUCCAUCACCGUUACCUGGUUCCUCUCAGUCGAAUCAAACAUCGAAUUCUCCUCCUCCUUCAGACCCUUCAGCUCUUCCUCCUUCUCCUCCACAGACUGUGCCUGUCACCCCUCCUCCUUCGCCACCUGUUUCUCCUCCUCCUUCGCCACCCGUUUCUCCUCCACCAUCAACUACACCGCCGCCGAGCUCUCCACCACCAUCGCCGCCAAGCUCUCCACCACUGUCACCACGUGCAUCACCACCUCCACCAGUUGUAACAUCACCACCUCCUGCACCAGUUGUAACAUCACCGCCUCCUGCACCAGCUACCACUGCCCCUCCUCCACCAGCUACCACUGCCCCUCCUCCAGAUGAAACUUCACCUUCUCCUCCAAAUUUGUCUCCACCACCUCCAGCAGCUGGUUCCCCUCCUCCUAAAUCAUCAAAGCCACCGCCUUCUCAAGCAAUUUCGCCGUCUCCACCUCCUCCUCCUCCAGCCAAUCCUCCUCCUACACCACACGCAAAGCCACCAAAAAGUACUCCACCUCCUUCACGUGACGCUUCCCCUCCAUCAGUUUCUCAAUCACCUCCUACACAUGAUGCACCCCCUCCAUCUGUUUCUCAAUCACCACCUUCCCCUUCAACUGUUUCACCUCCUUCCCCUUCAACUGUUUCACCUCCAUCCCCAUUGCCAUCAACUCUUACUCCAGCCCCUUUGCCUCGUCCUCCUACUAACGAAACAGUACCCGGUGGCAGUCCAAUUGUGCCAUUGCCAUUGAGACCAAGUGUUGAUGGUUCUAAUAAUAUAGCCACAAACAACACACCUUCACAUUCAGGAGGGUUAAAUACCGGAGCUGCUGUUACUAUUGGCGUUGUAGUUAGUUUAAUUGUCCUCAGCCUUCUUGGUAUCGCCGUGUGCUUUGUACAGAAAAAGAAAAAGGAAAAAGGAUCCAGAUCUGAUUAUGCUGCGCCUUCUCCAUUUACCUCAUCUCACAAUUCAGGUACCUUGUUCUUGAAGCCAUACCCUCCAGCCAAUUUGAAUGGGAGUGGCAAUGGUAGUGAAUUUGUGUAUUCACCACCGGAGCCCAGUGGAGUAAAUAAUUCAAGAUCAUGGUUAACAUAUGAAGAACUAAUCCAAGCUACAAAUGGGUUUUCAGAGCAGAAUUUGUUGGGAGAAGGUGGAUUUGGUUGUGUCUACAAAGGUUUGCUAGAUGGAAGAGAAGUAGCUGUAAAACAGCUUAAAAUUGGUGGUGGACAAGGGGAACGUGAGUUCAGAGCAGAAGUUGAGACUAUUAGUCGAGUACAUCAUCGUCAUCUGGUUUCUUUGGUUGGUUACUGUAUAUCUGAGCAUCAAAGAUUGCUCGUCUACGACUAUGUUCCCAACGAUACUCUUCAUUAUCAUCUACAUGAUGAAAAAGCACCCAUUUUGAAUUGGUCUAUCAGAGUUAAGGUUGCUGCUGGCGCAGCUCGUGGAAUAGCUUACCUACAUGAAGACUGCCAUCCACGCAUUAUUCAUCGAGAUAUAAAGUCAUCAAACAUCCUUCUCGAUCACAACUUUGAAGCUCUAGUUUCAGAUUUCGGGCUUGCGAAAUUAGCAUUGGAUUCGAACACACAUGUAACUACACGUGUAAUGGGAACAUUUGGGUAUAUGGCACCAGAAUAUGCGACGAGUGGAAAAUUGACUGAUAAGUCCGAUGUAUAUUCCUUUGGUGUUGUGCUUUUGGAGCUAAUUACAGGUCGGAAGCCUGUAGAUGCGUCUCAGCCAAUCGGUGAUGAGAGCCUGGUUGAAUGGGCUCGGCCUCUAUUGAUUGAAGCACUUGAUACCGAGGACUUUGAAACUUUGGUGGAUCCAAGACUUGAAAAGAACUACAACAGAAACGAAAUGUUUAGAAUGAUUGAGGCUGCUGCAGCCUGUGUGCGUCACUCCUCAGUUAAGAGGCCACGGAUGAGUCAGGUUAUGAGAGCUUUUGAUUCCAUGGCUGAGUUUUCGGAUCUGAAUAACGGAAUGAAACCGGGGCAGAGUUCAGUGUUUGAUUCCGCACAACAAUCUGCACAGAUCAAAAUGUUUAGGAGGAUGGCUUUCGGAAGCCAAGAUAGUUCCAGUUUCUUUAAUGAUUCUCAAAGUAGCUAUGGAAGUAGGAAUCAAGACUCGACAACUAUGCUCCCUCAAAAUAAAACUCGGCCUUGGAACGUUCGAGACGACUCUUUAUAGCUGCAACAUAUCUGCAUAAAUUUUCACGCGCGCGAACACACGUAGGUCGACCAGUAAUUCCUCAGUGAUAUCUUUGUAAAGUUGCUGCAUUUCUUCCAUUUUGCUGGGACAGGUGCUGUGGUGUACUGAUUUGUAAAUCUCUUAUUUUUUUAUUUUAUUUUUAUACUAUUUUUAUUCUCAUUUUCCUAAUGUGAUAUUCCUGAUAUUAUUUGAUAUUAAUAUUUUUAAUUCUUUCGAAAUUUCACACA